UUAACAGUCAUUGUAAAUGCAUCAUUCUCACUAUCAAAGAUCAGUCUGAAGGAUGAAGUCUUUACCGAUCCAUUGAGCAGGGCAGUGGUUUCCUGUAUGUCUUCCAGGAUUAAGAUUUAUUUAGGAUCAACACUAAGAUAUUUUAUACUUCCAUUAAAGUAGAAAUGUAAUAAAAAUCUGGUAAAAAGUUUCUAAAUUUACUCAAUAACAUGAGAAACUGUGACACACAUUGAGAGAAAUGUUUAAAAUGAAUACUUUGGAGGUGAAGUGUUCCCAUAGUGAAACAUGGUGGUGGCAGCAGCAUGCUGAAGGGAUGCUUUUCUUCUGCAGGGAGGGCUGGACAGUGCUGGAAGAACACCUGUUGGAGACCAGGGUGGAGGUUCAACCCUAAACAUACAGCCAGAGCUAGAAUGGCCCAGUCAAAGUCCUGAUGAAAUCCAGUUUCAGAAAGUUACCAAAACACUCAAAAUGAAGCUCACCUUCCAGUCUGACUGAGUUCGUGGUAUUUUGGCAUGGAUGAAUGGGUAAACGUUUCGGUCUGUAGGAAGCUGGAUGACGUGUUGCUGUAAUCGCAGUAAAACAGGGUUUUACUAAAUAUGGACUCAGGGGAACUGAAUUCAAAUGAAACACAUUUUCAGGGUUUUAUUAGUAAAACAAACGUUUCAUUUUUCCUCUACUUCACAACAAACAAUCCCAGUACAUCUUGAGAUAUGAGAAAUGUGAAGAGGUUUAAGGAUUAUAAAUGCAGGCGCUGUUUUUAUGUGUUGACUUUGUUGGACCUGCAGUAAGUUUUAUGUUUGUGUUGAAUCAGGUUUUAUCUCUUCAGGUAAGGAUCCUUUUCAUGUGGAAUGACUCAUAUAUCAGAGUUAAUUGGACUACUGGAAUGAAACUGGGUGAAAAGAAAAACUCUGAAAGUCCUUCAGAAAGCCUGGACAGCUGUUGAUCAGGAGCAUCUGGACCACAGGAGUUGACAUGAAGAGAAAUGAUCAGAAAUGCUCAUAAACCCCAGAGUCUUACUUGUUGCUCCAUGUCGAUUCAUUCCUCCGUCUGAUUUUGUUGCAGUUAAAGGUGCCUGAGCUCUGAACCAAGUGGUGCUGGGAGGGAAACGUCCGUUCAGGCUGCAGACACACAGGGAGGGACUUCUCAGGAAACAGAAACUGUGUGUGACAGUCUUCAUUUCCCAGCCCCCACACCUCCUCCACCACCACCCCAUCACCUCCCUCUAUAUGUUCUCUGCUCUGACACAACAACAAACCUGCUCUGGCUGCUUAGUGUCAUCUGUGAGCCGGCAGAACGUCUAUGGAGGGACGAUGGGGCUCUGGACGCUGCUUCUCCUGCAUUUACACCUGGCAGUUUGCGUUUCCCUCCCAGCACCAUCCAAUGUUUCCAUCUCCUCCUACAACAUGGAGCACAUCCUCAGAUUCUCUCCAGGACCUGGGACCCCCUCAGAUGCCUACUUCACCGUUCAGAUCUGCAACUCCAGGAAGCAGCAGUGGAAAACUGUGCCUUGGUGUGCGGCGCUGAUGGCUGGACAGACGUGCAAUUUAACCAACAAGUUAAAUGACGUGUUUGACCACUACAUGGCCCAAGCACGGGCCUUCAGAACCAACCAGACCUCCAAAUGGAUCAAAUCGAGGGAGUUCCAGCCUCUGACAGACACUGUGCUGGGACCUCCUGAAUUUUCUGUGUCCGGUUGUGGGAAUUGUUUGAUCCUGCAGAUCCGAGAUGCCUCAGAGCGUCAGUUUGAACACAACUCACAGCUGAAGGAUCUAUUCUGGGGACUCGACCUGAAUGUGAAAAGAACGAGAGACGGUGCUGAGUUCAAACUGAAUCUGCCCUACAAACAUGAGAGCGUGAUCCCGUACCUGCAGCCAGGUGUGGAAUACUGCGUCUCCGUGUCCUUCAGGUCCAUCAUAAACCACAAAAGUGUCGCCAGUGAACAACGCUGCGCCUUCACCAGUCCUCCUCCGCCCCAACACAUACUGUUCCUGGUCCUUGGCCUGUUUGGGGGUUUUACUCUUGUGGUGUUCCUCGUCGUGGGUCGGGUCAUCUUCAGAAGUAAGGUUAAAAAACAUCAUGUGUCCUGGAUGAAGUUCACGUCGCAGCCCUACAGCUGCCUGAUGUCUUCUCUGACUGAGGAAGACUCUGAUACGACCUCGAAGAACCAAGAGUUCGGUUAGUUUGAGUUCAUCUACUGGAUGGAAGAUUUUUAAUACACGUAAACUUUUAUAUUUGAGUUGUUCUCAGGAAAUCUGACCUCCUCACCUCCCUGAGGGGAUCUUCAUACAGUUACAGUUACUUAAAAUAAUCACUGUUAAUCAGUGCGGAGACUAAUCAGUCCUGAUUGUCUAAUCCUUUCUCACUGAGGUUUAUUUCAGUUGUUCUUUGUUAAAUUAUGUGUAUCUUGUUAAAGACAUUUCUGUCAGUGUGAUUUAAACAGUGAAUAAUAGAAUGAGCUCUUCUCUGUACUGUGACAUCUUGGUUUGGUGUGUUUGAAUGUGUAAAACUUCUGGAAAAAUGUCUGAAAUGUUUUAUUAUGUUAUAGAAGAACAAAAUGUUUUAGAGAUAUGGAAAAGACACCUGGAAUUGUUGCUGUUUUUUUUAUAUUCAUACAGCCUGUUUUGGAUUUCUGUAAAAACAAAAUGCACAGAUUUGACCUGUAAAUAAAUGAACCAUUUUCCAGCUGACUUAAAAAAAAGCUGCAGAGGUGAGAAAUGAACCAUUUGGAUCAAUAAUCCAAUCAUAUUUAAACUCAGGGACAGUCCGAGCAGAUUCUGAUGAAACUGGGAUUUGAGAAGAUCCAAGCUGGUGUUUGAAAUUCAGAAAAUAUGUUUUAUUUCCUCUUAACAGCGACUCUUCAGGACAUCUGCGCAGUAACUAAUUUCUGAGCCUUUCGUUUGUUGAACAUGCAAUAAAUGUAUUGUUUAUUUUCCUAUA